AUGGAUUACUUCAUCAGUAAUACUGCACACACUAUGUAUUAUUCAGCACUUGCAUUACAAACAUCCAAGCUCAUCUUGAACCACGCUAUUCAAUGCGAUGCCAUCUCUCGUCAACAGUAUUAUGAAGCGAUCUUCAAUCCUAACUCUCUGACUAGACCGUCACCACCACAAUAUCACCAACAGCAACACCCUCAGUCCCUCCCACAAUUUUCAAAAGAGCUAUUAGAGAGAACACUCGCUACGCCCGUAUUGUCCGAUAUCUCCAAAGAGCAUCACGAUGUUAUCCACGUUCGACAGCAACCAGUUCGCUAUCAUGAUCCUGACCGCAAUCCAUCCUUUGAAGAAUGUCGUCUCCCAUCCAAGAGUCGAAUGGAUACACACUAUCUGUCAGAUCGGGACUCCUGUCACAGAACUUGGGAUUUAAGAAGAAUGAAUACUAUGAGUACCGAAUUGGAGACCAAGAACAAAAGGAUCCAACCUAUCAAAGAUGAUUCACCUGGCUGGAAAUUUCGUUUUUUGAAAAACCUUGCUCAGUCAAGACAAACACAAUAUUCAGCGAUAUCAUCGGUCCAUUGCAUCAAUCCAUACAAGGCCAUAGAAUCACUAAGGCCAUCCAGUCCGUUGCCAAGAAAGCAACAUCCUCAUCCUAAUCUUCAUUCUCACUCUCUGCCGCUACCCACCCCUCCACCGCCGGCGUGCAUCCCAACAAUGGAAUCCUCGUUAUUUACUGUAUUGUUAUUAUGGCCUUCUUCGUCCAUUAACUAUGAAGCCUCUAAGCAAGCUCCUGAUGCAGGAUUGGAUCCGGUUGGACAAUAUUCUCAACAUAUCAUUUCUGUUGACAGAAUUGAUGAUCAUGUCAAUACGGUUGAUCAAAUGGGUAUCGCUUCAGACAGUCUUAAUGGCCAUAUAAAUACGUCUACUACAUCUACCGCUAUUAUUGCUACUUCUAUCAAUCGUUGUACCACGACUAAGCGGUCUGCUCAGAUUUCUUUCAUGGGAGACUCAAAACUACAUGGUCGUGUGGAAUGGGCUCAAUCAAGCAACCCUACAAAGUGCGUAAAAGGCUGUGAACAAGAAGAUGGCGUGGAUCUUAGGAAGGACAGCAUCUAUGAUGCUGCUGCCGCAAUGAUGGUCGCUCCUUUGACAGAAGUCACAAAAAAAUUGAGUGAUAUGCGACGAAAGCUCGAGCAUGCAGAGCAAGAAGUGCGGCUUGCAGAGCUGACAAUGGUGAACGCGUUCCUUUCGCAUGUUUUUCAUCUCAGCAGCCCGCCACGAGAAGCAAGGGCAGGAAGAGCUGAUUCGUCUACCACACCAUUAUCAUAUAGUAAAGGCGGGUGUUACACUCUUUGGUAA